AUGAUGUCAGAUAAUGCGCUCACAUUUAAAGCUGCUUCAAACGAAAUUUCACGACUUUGCAAUUCUAGAAAAGUUAAAGAAAAUAUUCAGAAUUAUGGCAUUGAAUGGAAGUUCAUCCCAAAUAGAGCUCCAUGGUUCGGAGGCAUGUGGGAAAGAAUGAUUGGCUUAACAAAAAUAUCACUUAAGAAAGUAUUAGGACGUGCACAUGUCAACAAUGAGACUCUAAGGACUGUAUUAACAGAGAUCGAAGCCACACUCAACGAUCGACCAGUGACGUAUAUUUCAACAGAUAUUAGAGAUCCGGAGCCGCUUACACCAUCCAAUCUUAUACAUGGACGAAGAAUAACAACUUUACCGUAUGUAUCGUCAAAUAGUGCUAUUGACAAUCUAAAUGUUUGUGAAGUAACACAUACAAACUUGAACAAUCAAGCGAUACGACAGAGACAAUUGAUUGAGAACUUCUGGACAAGAUGGAAAGGAGAAUACCUUACUUCAUUGCGAGAAUAUCACCAAAGAGCUGGAGUCGACGUUCGGAAGAUUAAAGAAGGCGAUGUCGUUCAGAUACACGUCGAAUCAAAGCGCGUGCAUUGGAGACUUGGAGUUGUGCAGGACACUAUUAAAGAAUUCUCAUAUCGCGUGCCCCAUGAUGUGAGCGGUGAUUGCAAAGAUGAUUUUGAAAUAAUGAUGGUAGCUAUAUUGUUAUGUUGUUGUUUCCAAAAAAUAGUCACAAUAUUUAUCGUUAUACUAUUUUCUCCAGGACUGUUAGUUAUCUUAUUUAUCAGAAUGCUGACAUCAUCGAACAAAGAAAGGCUUGUAUAUAAACAUAUGAUGUCUUCAUCGAGAAAGGAAGAGUAUAACUAUAAAUAUUGGUUCUACCAGCUGAACAUGACUUGUGACAAUAUUGAUAUCCAUUGUAUAAUAGAUGAAAGACUGGAAAUAAAAUACAGAUAUUUACAGGCAUACUACAGAAGGAAUGACCGAUUAGGGCAUAUUCUGGAUUCCAAUAUCAGUUCAUCCCAGAGUAAGAAGAACAAAUUAUCCGAGUUUGAACGAAUUUAUUCAAACAAGUCAAAGAAGCAUUGUGAUGACAGACUUUUAAUGCAAAAUAUACUGACUGAGGCAUCGACAAAUAGAUAUCACAUUUUGUUAAGAUGGGUGAUAGCGCAUAUGAAAGAAAAUAAUAUGACGGUUGAUGAUAUUAAGGGAACGCUCGAUAUUGCCAUUGAGAAAAAUGAUAAAGAUAUAGCAAAAGCAAUAUCAUGGUAUAUGACGAGGGAAUUCUUUGUUAAAUUUGCAAAUCAACUUAAAGAUGCAACAGACAUUUUCCCAGGUAUACGUUGUUCAUGUCGAGGAUCUAUUGUUUUAGAUUGUUCAUUCUGCACGAAUGAAAGAGUUAUCAUAAUUUUGACUCGUACGGCUAUUAAAGAAAAACCCGAUACAUAUCAUGGAUUUACAAUUGAAGAAGUAAAUCCCGACUUAUCGAAUUCAGAUGACUCAGAAGCCGUUACAAUCUCCAACCUGCUUUCCUCAAAAUACACAAAUUCAUACUUCUUAAAGGUAAAUUUGCCGCAAAAUAGCGUAGAAAAUAUUUUCAAUCGUCAUUCAAACGUUACUUUAAUAUGCCCAUCAGUCUUGAUGUCGAAAUCGUUUGAUAGAGUCCAUGCCGUGCAAGAGCGAAUAUGCAUCCAUCUUUAUUGUAAAAAGAAAGGAAUAAUUCCGUUAGGAGAAGAUCAUUUUCCAACUUCAAUUCAUGGCAUUCCAACAGAUAUCAUCGAAGGAAACAUUAGUUUUAUUACAAAAUUACGGAUUGGAGAAAAGAUAGGACCGCAGACAAGCAUUGGAACGUUAGGGGGAUUUGUAAAGUACAUGGAUUUUGAGUGCUUUUUAACCUGUGCUCAUGUUAUGUUCGAUUUACAGACCCUUUUGUCGUCAUCUUACGACUUUUCUCUUCUUGGGGCCAAAGCAUUUUGCCAUUCGUUGCAAGGACCUGUUAACUGUGGCAAAGUUCUUUGGAGAACAUUUGAUCAUGAUGACAAACUUAAAACAAGUAUUGAUGCAGCUCUAGUGAUGAUGCAAAACAAUGCAUCUUUUGACCAAAAUGAUUUUAUUUUGGAUCGUUAUGGUAAUGCCUGUCAUUUUCUAAAACUAGGUUUAUCAAGUCCGUUUUUAAAUGAUAAUUGUUUGGAUCAUGAAGAUUUUUGUAUCCCACAACAAACAGCUAAAGUUGUAGGAGCUGGAUCUAUGACCAAAUUAGAGGAAAAUGUACAAUUUCCUAAACAAACUGAUGUAGACAUCUUGUUUUCAAGUACCGGCCAAACGGCAACUGUAGUUAAUGGAAAUGUUUUUCAACCACUUUGGAUAAAUUCACAAGCUCAUAUGCAACUUUCAACUGGCUUUUUGAAUGACAAGAGGAUAUUUCGCAUGUACAAUCAAAUAACCAUCAAUUUAAGACUACAGCCUGGUGAUUCAGGGACAUGCAUUUAUAUUGUACAACAUCCAUAUAAUAAAAAUGGCUGUAUUGGAAUGGCUAUCGCAUUCUGUGGAGGAAUGACAGUAGUGACUCCGUUGAAAGAUAUUCUUAAAAGAAUAAGUUCCUCAUAAAAGUGUGUUAUGUCAAGAAAAGAUAGAACGCUCAACACACCAAUUUUUAAAAAACAAUUAUUUUGACUUUUAGAAAAAUGAAUAGGACAUGAUAGUAUUUCAUAUACGUGUGUAUGAAAUAAUGAUUUUCUUUAAUUUGUUUUCUUCUAUAAAAUGGUUACAUUAUGGAAGUGUUAAUCUAUACUUUUGGCAAAAUAUGUCUUCUUAUUGCCACCUGUUUGCAUGAUCAUAAUUAUAUUGUCUGCUAAAUAGUUGGAGUUUAUGCUUACAUUUGAAUCAGAAUGCAAGUUGC